AUGUCGCCCUUGACCCCAUACACAUACAUUCAAUGCCCUUGCUCAGACCAGACUGUUUUCCACCCUGGCGGCGCGGCGUCAGAUCCUGAGGACGACGACCGAGCGUUCGAUCCAAAAGCCCCGCGGUCAAACUACAGCUUAUACCCAAUCGAAUACCUCCUCUACUGCGAAGACUGCCAACAGAUCCGAUGCCCGAGAUGCGUCACGGAGGAGUCCGUAACGUUUUACUGCCCCAAUUGCCUGUUUGAGGUGCCUAGCAGUAACCUACGCAGUGAGGGCAACAGAUGUACGCGGAGCUGUUACCAGUGCCCGAUCUGCAUUGGUCCUCUUCAGGUUGGCGCCAUUCAGCCUACCACGGAUGCGAAUCUCCUCCCUACACAAUACCAGGCCAAUCCCAGCGGUGGCCCCUAUGCCCUCUUCUGCCAGUACUGCAACUGGACCUCCACCGAGAUCGGCAUCGAAUUCGACCGCCCCAGCGGCAUAUACAAUCAACUCUCCAAGGUGAACAAUGGAGGCAAGCCCAAGCUCACACUGCGAGACGUCAAAGACCGUCGAAAGGACAACCCAGACGAGCCCCCCGUGCCCGACGACCAGGUCGACGCGGACCUGCAAUUCGCCAACCUAAAGGCCUUUUACCAACAACAGCUCUCAGAGGCAAACACAUCAUUACGCGGGCUCCCGUUGCACGAUGGGUUGGGAUUCUCGUCUCCUGCCGCUCUGACACGCAUCAUGUCCCUGUACACAGGCCGUGGUCACCAGGGCCGCCUGCAACAGGGCCCGGCGGACAUUAUGCGCGAGGCACUCGGCACCAACGACGGCCUGAAGAUUGCCAAUCUGGACGAGUCGAGUGAUAUCAAGAAGCUGUUGGAGGGAGGAUGGGGCGCGACAGCUUCGCUUGACCAGCGAAACGAACAGCCGACGGAGUCUGGGCGGUUCGAGGAUGAGCUCCGGCCGAUUGCCUAUCUUUUGCGCAGCAAGCGAUCGAAGCGUUGUCCUUCCUGUCGGCACAUUAUAUCCAAACCGGAGGCUAAGGUCGUGUCGACGAGGUUCAAGAUUCGAUUGGUUGCAAAGUCGUACAUACCCACCAUCACGAUCCGGCCGCUCAAUCCUACCGCUCCGCCAGUUCCUAUCACGUAUCGGCCCAUGGUCCAGGAAGAAGCACCGCUGAAGCCGCAUCAGCCGUAUCAUUUCGUGGUCACGUUCAAGAAUCCACUGUUCGAAAACAUCAAAGUCACGCUGGCUUCGCCAAACGCAACGCCUGGCCGCUUCUCCAGCAGAGUCACCGUGCUGUGUCCGCAGUUCGAGGUGGAUGCCAACACGGACAUGUGGGACGAUGCCCUCAAGGACGACGAAAAGGAUCGCAGCCGCAAGGCCGACGAGGGUCCCGAGGUGGGAAAGAUUUGGGAAAAGGGGCGCAACUGGGUGAGCAUCGUGCUGGAGGUCAUUCCGGCGUCGCUGCGGCUCGAUCAGCAGCAGCAGCAGCCAGGCAACAAGGGCGAAAGGGUCGACAUGAGCCCGCUGAAAGAGGGCGAGGAUAUUCUUGAGAUUCCCAUGUUUGUGCGCAUGGAGUGGGAGGCUGAUACGCAGGCUGACAUGGAAGGGCCCUCCAGCAAGGACAAGGAGGGUAGGGAGAAGCGUGAAUUGGCGUAUUGGUGCGUGCUGGGCGUUGGGCGUAUCAGUCAAGAGUGA